AUGGCUCGUACUAGUCUCCUUGUCAUUAGUGAUACCCAUGGUGAGACGUUGAAACCGAAAGACUCAGAGUAUGCCUUUCGAAAGUCCCCACCGCCUGUUGAUGUCGUUUUGCAUUGCGGAGACCUUACCAUGUCUGGCCUGGAGAACCAGCAUCGACGUACGAUUGAACUCAUGAAGUCGCUGAAAGCAGAUUUAAAACUGGUUAUUGCCGGGAACCACGAUGCCUCACUUGAUCCUGACUAUUGGGCUCACGCCCGUGGCCUCAAUACUUCCAAUACCACUCCUGAAACCGUCCGCCAAAUGUGGGAAGACGCCAAGUUCUCCGGCAUCUACUACCUCCCUGAAGGCCACCACACCUUCACUAUCCCGCGCACAGGCGCCCGCCUGUCCAUCUACGCCUCUCCGUACACCCCAGAGUUCUGCGGAAUGGCUUUCGCGUACGAGAGGAGCCAUGACCGGUUCAGUUUGCAGGAAGACUGCCGUGAAGGCGUGCGAUCCAUCUCGGAGCAUCCCAUCCCGGACUUCCCGAGCGUGGAUGUCGUCAUGACGCAUGGCCCGCCGUGGAUGGCGAGGGAUUGGGUUGUUAGUGGAGAAAGAGUGGGAUGUCGGAAUCUGUUGAAUGCGGUCGCAAGGGUGCGGCCGAAGCUGUGCUGCUUUGGGCAUAUUCAUGAGGGUUGGGGUGUGGAGAAGGUGACAUGGCCUGAAGAGAAGGAUCCGAGUGAAGAGAGGGUGGCCGAUGCGGUAAAGAGUACGGAGCAGUUCUAUUUUGAGGAAGAGGAGGCAAUCAGCAAGCGAUGUGUCGAGGUAGAUGUGAGCGGAGCUGGUCCUGGGGGUGAUACCAGUGGGGACGAGUCGAAAUCGAAAUCGGAUACUUUGAAGUUUGGGAAGCAGACUCUCAUGGUUAAUGCCGCUAUUAUGACAGUGAGUUACCGUCCGAAGAAUGCUCCGAUCCUCGUGCAUUUGGACUUGCCUCUUCCCGAGCCAGAGUCGAUGGACUGGACGCCGUGA